AUGGUUCCUGCCCCGCAUACGUCACACUCGAAAAUUCCUUUUCUCCUCAACAACACCACCAUGAAGCAGAGAUUCUCGUCUUUGGAUGUGAAGGUCAUCUCGCAGGAGCUGGCGUCGGAGUGCGUCAACCUCCGCGUGUCCAAUAUUUACGAUCUUUCCUCGCGUAUCUUCCUUUUCAAGCUCGCGAAACCGGACCACCGUCGCCAACUCAUUGUUGACUCCGGUUUCCGCACUCAUGUCACUCAAUAUUCACGAACGGCGGCAACCACACCUUCGCCCUUUGUGACGCGACUACGCAAAUAUCUGAAAUCUCGCCGAAUCACGGGUAUCUCCCAAAUCGGGACGGAUCGCAUCAUUGACAUCACUUUCAGCGAUGGCGCCUACCACGUCUACCUAGAGUUCUUCGCUGGUGGUAAUAUCAUCUUGACGGACCGUGAGCACAACAUCCUUGCCUUGUUCCGACAGGUCUCCCCAGGCGAGGGACAGGAAGAAAUCAAACUCGGCCUCCAAUAUACUUUAUCCAACAAACAAAACUAUGACGGAAUUCCGGACAUCACGGCAGAUCGAGUCAGGGAAACAUUGGAGAAAGCCCAGGCCCUGUUUGCGAAGGAGGGUAAUGCGCCGAAGAAGUCCAAAAAGAAAGGCACCGAUGUUCUGCGAAAGGCCUUGUCCCAAGGAUUCCCUGAAUACCCUCCCUUGCUCCUGGAUCACGUCUUUGCGGUGAAGGAAUUCGACACUACCCUCCCGUUGGAUCAAGUCUUGGGGAGCCAAGAUCUGUUGAAGCAGGUGCAAGAUGUCCUCGAAGAGGCGCAGCGUAUUUCGACUGGGUUCGACUCGGGCGACAGCCAUCCAGGCUACAUCGUCGCCAAGGAAGACACCCGACCCGUUUCCGAGGAGGACAGCUCGACCAAGGCUCCGGGGCUACUAUACGAAGACUUCCACCCUUUCAAGCCUCGGCAGUUCGAAAACAAACCAGGGAUCAAGAUUCUUGAAUUUGAGCGUUUUAAUGCCACGGUCGACGAGUACUUCUCCUCUUUGGAAUCACAGCGACUCGAGUCACGUUUGACGGAACGCGAACAGGCGGCCAAGAAGAAGCUCGAAUCCGUGCGACAAGAGCACAAGAAGCGAAUCGAUGCACUGAAAGAUGCACAGGAGCUCCACAUUCGCAAAGCAGACGCCAUUCAAGACAAUGUCUACCGUGUCCAAGAAGCAAUGGAUGCUGUGAACGGAUUGGUGGCCCAAGGAAUGGACUGGGGCGAAAUCGCGCGUUUAAUUGAAAUGGAACAAGGCCGUGGGAACCCAGUUGCGCAAAUCAUCAAGCUUCCCCUGAAGUUGUAUGAGAACACAAUUACUCUCCUCCUAGGAGAAGCCGGUGACGACGAGGAUGAAGACGAGGACGAGGAAUUUUCCAGCAGCGAAGAAUCAGACUCGGACUCGGAAAAUGAACAAGAGUAUCAGCGCAAACGCGCCGAUCGCGAGUCCAAGCAAUUGACAAUCGACAUCGACCUCGAUAUAAGCCCUUGGGCCAAUGCAUCGCAGUACUACGACCAAAAGAAGCAAGCCUCGGAGAAGGAGCAGAGGACUACCCAGUCCUCUGCAAUGGCGCUGAAAAGCCACGAGAAGAAGGUGACGACUGACCUGAAGAAAGGCUUGAAGAAGGAGAAGCAAGUGUUGCGGCAAUCGAGGACCCCAUUCUGGUUCGAGAAGUUUAUCUUCUUCAUCUCCUCUGAGGGUUACUUGGCUAUUGGUGCACGCGACUCCAUGCAAAGUGAACUUCUCUACCGUCGCUACUUGACCAAGGGCGACGUUUUCGUUCAUGCUGAUUUGGAAGGUGCAACACCGAUCGUGGUCAAGAACCGAGCCGGAUAUGCGGAUGCGCCGAUUCCCCCAAGCACACUUUCUCAGGCCGGCAACCUUUGUGUGGCGACUUCAUCUGCAUGGGAUUCCAAGGCUGUGAUGUCUGCUUGGUGGGCCCAUGCUCACCAGGUGUCAAAGAUCGCAGAGAAUGGUAGUGGUAUCAUGCCAACUGGUGUAUUUCAAAUCAAGGGAGAGAAGAACUUUUUGGCUCCAUCGCAAUUAGUGCUCGGAUUCGGUAUCAUGUUCCAAGUCAGCCAGGAUAGUAUCCGAAACCACAAGCAGCUAUUCGAUACACCAGACGCCCCGCAGCCUGCUGUCAGCUCUGAAAGCCAGGCCGAGACUCAUGAACAGGACUCAUCCUCGGCCCCAACUGCCCCAGAACAACCCGAGCCUGUGCAAGAAGCUAAUGAUAAUGCGGCCGAGGAUACCAAGCAAGAAUCGGCCUCCGAGGAUGAGCAGGACGAGCAGGACGAAGACAACAAGGCGGCCACCAAGAACCCUCUCCAGCGGGGUGAAACCGAGAUGCCGACUACUCAGCAGCAGCCCGGGGAGUCCGAAUCUGAGUCCGACCCGGAAGAUGCAGAGGAACCAACAGACGAGCAAGAGCAGGAAACUCCAGCAGAGCACCUGGCAGGCGAAGAGCAAUCUUCGGCCCCAUCUGACCAGCCCGAAGAGCCAAAACUGUCUGCUCGUGAGCGCCGUACCUUGCGACAGGGUAAACCUCUUGAUCGCCCCGAAGAGCCCGCCGCGCCGCGCAUUGCCCCCACUCGGGCCAAGCGAGCGAAGGACAAGCGUGCUGCUGCCAAGUAUGCCCACCAAGAUGACGAAGAGCGCGAGCUUGCCCUUCGUCUCGUGGGUGCCAACAAAGGCAAAGCCGCGAAGGCAGCAAAGGCCGCCGAAGCCAAAGAACAGCGCGAGCGAGAUGCGGAGGCCCAGAGACAGCGUCGCCGUGCCCAGCACGAGCGUGCCGCUGAAGCUGAGCGCAAGCGCCAGGCCCAGUUCACUGAAAAUGGAACCGAUGAUUACAACGAAGAGACCGCUGCCGCAGAAGCCGCAGAUCUUACCUGGAUCCCAGCUCUGAUUGGCACACCAACCCCAGAUGACGAGGUCAUUGCAGCAAUUCCUGUCUGCGCCCCGUGGGCUGCGCUUGGACGUUACAAAUACAAGGUCAAGUUGCAACCAGGCGCCGUGAAGAAAGGAAAGGCCGUGAAGGAGAUUGUUGGUCGGUGGGUGUCCGAAACCACCACUGGCAAGGUUAAGAAGGAGCAUGCCGAAGAGGCUGGAAUCCCUCGUGCUGAUGCCGAGCGCCUCCGGGAACGAGAGGGCGAGCUCAUCAAGGGCUGGAAAGACACCGAGAUCAUCAACACCAUGGUUGUGGGCAAGGUACGCAUCAUGACUGCUGGUGUCGGAAGCGGCGGUGGAGGUGACAAGGGCAAAGCCAAGGGUGGAGGUGGAAAGGGCGGCGGUGGUGGAAAAGGAGCCUCCAAGGGCAAGAAGAAAUGA